CAAAUUCCCGUGGGUUCCCUUCCCACGCUCCUGAUCUCUUCUCCGCCUCAAACCGACGGCCCUGAUCCUCUCUGCCCCCAUGUUACACACACUUCGAUGUAUCGCUUUCCGCCUCGGACAACGAUGCUUCUGCCUGUGUGUCACGGGACCCCACUCUGCUCUCAAAGGCGGGAAAGCUAUGGCUGACUGUCCCUUCCCCAAAUCAGGAUUACAGAGAAUAACACCAGCAAAUCAAGGAUUAGGAAGGAGGAAAGAGUAAAGACCUUUUUCUUGGGUUUAUGAAUGAUUCUGCUUCAAAACUCAUCCUUGGUUUAGUGAAGCAGGUGUAAAAACUAGGAAAAGGGUCUUCCUUUGACUUUGAUUUGCUGGGUCUGGGAGGUUUUAGUCAUGGGUUUGGAGGGACUUUUUUGUUUGUGCGGGUUUUGUUUAUAAUUUUUAAUGUUUAGUCAAUUGUGUUGUGGUACAUUUGUUUAUGUUGGUUUCUGUUCCGCUGUGUCUUACCUUUCUUCUUUUGGGUGUGAAAUUUGCUGUACUCAUUAUUCAGAUUCGUUUUAGUGUCUGGUCAGGGAGGAAGGAUGAGAAUCAGUGACGAAAUUAUUCUCUGCGUCUUUCCUGUGAAUGUUUCGAGUUGAAAAUUCGUGUUUUAUCUGAUUCUACUCCAAGUUGAAGCAGUUUUAAGCUUUGUUGUUUUGGGUUUUUCCACAGAAGUUGAAACAUUUAUAGAC